AUGUGGGGCGGCCGGCAAGUGACAAGUGACGACAGCCCGGCGGAUGACCAACAACGCGUUUGGGACGGAGGAGGAGCAUGUCAGAGCAGCUGGCAGAAUCUCAGCCAGGGGGGUGGAGUUGGUGAGGAAGGGGCGGGUGACCAGAAGCCCGUCCGCGUUCAUCGCCAGGUCAACUCGAGCAAACCAAGCUCAGUGCAGCCAUCGUCAUCCCAGCCGCGCUUCAGCUUCUUGCCAGUCACACCGGACCAAGGCGGCAGUGCGCGAGUCGCGUACCAAGCCGACCACUCCAUGACUACCUCUUUUGCCCGUGUGUUGGUUUCGAUUAUCAAUGGCCGCGGCCUUGACCUGCGAAACGCCCGGAUGCGCCCGGAGACGGCCGCAAUUGCUCGACGCGGUGCCGCUCGAUGGGCAACAUGCGCCAACCCCGAGCUGCGAUUGGCUAGCCCUGGUGUUGUGGUGUGCAGGUUGACGAGUUGGAGACGGGAGUCUCCCCAGACGAGGCUCUAA